UAUUAGGCUAGAGGCUGUAAUAAACGUAUAAACAGUAUAAGCACCCUUCAUGCGACUGUGUACUGGUUCGUUGAAUCCUAUGUAAUUAGUGAAGGAGGCUUUCCACCCGACGCGACAGGGAAACCAAGACAGCGCUAGUGUGUGGGGCUUCGGACGUUUUCUGCACUGGUAUGCCCGCGCUUAAGUAGUAGAACCACCAGGCCGUGGUCCAACAUUUCGUGAAAUCCGCUCGAACGUCCCAGUUCAGUACAGCGCCGCUGUCUGAGAAGGCUCUACGACCCGUAAGGUAGAAGUCUUCAGAACGAAAUCGUCCGGGAGUGAAACUGGCUCGAAGUUCAUCGGGAAGACUGGUCCUUCUCGUUCAGGAACUGAAAAAGCUGAUUGUGGAAGCCAAAUUCCUAGUAUUUGCCAAUAUUUCUCUGUGAUAUGGUUUGAGAACAAAAUCAAGAGCUACUUAAGAAACCAGAAAUUGUGAGUGUGACCAAAAUCAAAAGGUGUGUUUAUUGUAAAUUUAUCUGUGUGAUUACCAACAAAGAAGACUAAGAGAAGAUGGCAUUCAGAGUUGUGGGAUUAUUGAUUCGCCAGGAACUGUCCUCCCUUGGCAGUGCAUCAACAACGCGCAUGAUCAGCACCAGUGCGACACGAUCUGCACGUAUUCUGCAAGAGUCACCCAAUGCUUACAUGAACAAAACGCUGUUGGAUCGGUAUCACAAGCUCAAGUACGAUCCAAAGUACGUUCAAGCAACCUAUGUGUGGAUCGAUGGCACGGGUGAAAACGUUCGUUUGAAGGAUCGUGUGCUCGAUUACGUACCAAAAAAACCGGAAGACGUGCCAAACUGGCAGUACGACGGCAGCUCAACCUAUCAAGCUCUGGGUGGUAACUCUGACAUCAAGUUGGUUCCCCGUGCUUUGUACAAGGAUCCAUUCAAGCCAGGACCAAAUGAUUUGAUUGUGCUGUGCGACACGUACCAACCAGACGGAAAGCCAACCGAAUCUAACAAACGUGCUUUAAUGCAGGAUGCCUACAACAAGUCCAAAGAUUACGAACCAUGGUUCGGAAUCGAGCAGGAAUACACGUUCCUAGAUAUUGAUGGAAGGCCUUUGGGUUGGCCAACGGCUGGAUUCCCAGGACCCCAGGGGCCAUACUACUGCGCUACUGGUGCACAGAACGUCGUCGGUCGCGACAUCGCCGAAGCUCACGCUCUGGCUUGCCUCUAUGCUGGAGUUGACUUUGCCGGAACCAAUGCCGAAGUCAUGCCAGCUCAGUGGGAAUUCCAAGUUGGACCAAAUCUUGGAAUGAAGUGCGCUGACGAUAUCUGGCUUGCUCGUUACCUGCUGUGGCGUAUCGCUGAGGACUACGGUGUUGUUGUCACGUUCGACCCCAAACCAAUGGAAGGAAACUGGAAUGGUGCUGGAGGCCAUUGCAACUUCUCCACCAAGCAGAUGCGAGCAGAAAAUGGUAUCGAGGCCAUCAAGGCAGCUAUCGAGAAACUGUCCAAGCAGCAUGCCAAGCAUAUCAAGGCCUACGAUCCACGAGGAGGAAAGGACAACGAACGUCGUCUGGUUGGCCGUCUCGAGACUUCGUCCAUUGACAAAUUCAGUUGGGGUGUUGCCGACCGUAGCACCAGUGUUCGCAUUCCACGAGGCGUUGCCGAUGCCAACAAGGGGUACCUCGAGGACAGACGUCCAAGCUCAAACUGUGAUCCGUACAGCGUUUGCCAUGCUAUCCUCGAGACUUGCCUCGUCGAGUAAAACUGCCAUCCUUCCGUAAUGGAAACCUUCUAAACCCACUCAAAAUCCACUUAUCGCAAUCGUGUACUACUUGAGUCAAACUAAAGAAAUACUAUAUUUUGAUAUAAAUUGUCAUAGCCACAUAGCAUUUGUUAUCAUUAUCGUGUCAAAUUGUCUAUACCGAACCGAAUCUACUUACAAACAACCAUAAAACAAGAUGGCAUUUUCAUAUAUACGUAUUCUUAAAACUGAGAGAUAUUAAAGAUGUUUUAGCUGAAUGUACACGAACACUUAUUAACAAGCAUAAUUAUACAGACAAACGAAUGACAAGAUAAACAGGAAGAUGGCCUACAGGCGGAACUACUCUUCCAUAUAAACCGGUCGUAUUACAUUCACUUCACUUCACUAUGUUAUCAUUGUUUUUUACCAACAUUCGUGCAUGCACAUCAGAAAUAAAAGCAAGUGCCCGACGAUUGUCGAUUAGGAAUUGAAAUUAUUAAGUGGAAACUCACCAUCUGGGAUGUUUACGAGAUACAAUGUAUACUGAUUCGCCUAAUGUUGCAACAUUUAUGAUUAGUUUAUGUUCUAGGAAACUUUGUUUUUAUUGUUUCGGAUGAUAAAGGCACAAGUGUUACUUCAUCAUCACCAAUUACUGACUGAACCUUAUUCUUUUCUUUGUGUUUUAGAUUGUUUUAAAACAUAAUGAAAUCCGAAAUGAUAAGUGGUAAACGAUUGGCACAAACCGCCGAACAAGCUCAUUGAAAUUAGAGAAAUGAUUUUAUAGUGCAAAUCUAAAGUUAUUAUUCGCUGUUCUCAACGAUAGAUGUUUAAAAUCGGACAAAAUGGGUCGCAACAGGUACAUAUGAAAGCGAAGAUAUCAAUCUUUUGGACAGCUUACAAUGUUAAAAAAAUAAAUAUGUU